AUGUCUAUAUGCGAAUUUGAAAACUACCACGGUUUCUAUGUCCCCAAAGAGGGUGCAACCAAAGGUGUAAUUGUUGUACAAGAAUGGUGGGGCUUAAAUGAUAAUAUUAAAGACCUGGCCAGACAAGUCGCCGACCGCGGUUUCCAUGCUAUUGCUCCCGAUUUGUAUCAUGGCAAGACCGCAAAAACAGUUGAUGAAGCCAGUCAUCUAAUGACAGGACUUGACUGGGAUGACGCUUUGAACAUGAUUGGCGCUGCAGCGCGUUUCUUGAAAGCGAAUGGAGCACUUAAAGCAACAUAUCAACAGAAUGGCGUGGUUGGUUAUUGUAUGGGUGGGGCAGUCUCAAUCGCAGCAGCAGCAAGAGUACCUGAAAUUGAUGCUGCGGCACCAUUCUAUGGCAUACCACCCGCUUCAAUCGCCGAUCCUGCAACAAUUCGCAUACCUUUACAACUGCACUUUGGUGCCAAGGACGAGGUACCCAUGUCUUCGCCUAAAGCGGUUGAAAAACUUGAAGAAACGUUAAAGAGCAGUAACGUCGAGUACGAAUUACAUAUAUAUGAUGCCGGACAUGCCUUCAUGAACAAAACUAGGCCCGAAGCUUAUCAUCAAGCGAGUGCGGAAUUGGCAUUCGAGAGAGUUAUUACAUUUUUCACGCAGAAAUUGUAA